AUGCGGCCUCGUCACUUCUCCGAGCAGCUGCUUGUCAACUCUCAGAGUUACAAGAGUAUCACCGCCUCCAACAUAAUGUCUUCAACAGGAACGGGCUGGGCUCAGCUCAGGCAGCAAGCCAGAUCGCUGGAAACUCAGACAGAAACGCUGUUCCACAGCUAUUCUCAGUUCGCCGCGGUCCCUAACAUACCUGCGAAGCCAUCAGAAGAUGAGCGCCAGACAGAAGCCAAAUUACAAGACUUGUUAGAAAAGCGAGAAUCACUCAAUGGUCAACUCUCCCGGCUCCUCGACUCAGAAGCAACCCUCACGGCCUCAGCCCUCAAACAAAACAACCUAUCCCGCCACCGAGAAAUACUACAAGAACAUCGGCGCGAGCUAUCAAGACUGAAAGCGCAGAUCCAAGAUGCCCGUAACCGCGUGAACCUGCUCUCGAACGUCCGGAGCGACAUCGAUGCCUACCACUCUAGCAACCCCGAAGCGGCCGAGGCAGACUACAUGCUUGACGAGCGGGGUCGCAUAGACAACAGUCACAAUAUGGCAGAUAGCGUUUUGAGUCAAGCGUAUGCCGUGAACGAGCAGUUUGGCAUGCAAAGGGAGACACUGGCAAGCAUCAAUCGCAGGAUUACAGGAGCGGCGGCUCAGGUUCCUGGACUGAACAGCUUGAUCGGAAGGAUAUCAGCCAAGAAGAGGAGAGAUGGAAUCAUCAUGGGGAGCUUUAUUGCUUUCUGUUUCUUGGCCUUUGUAUAUUUCAUGUGA